AUGAGACGGAAUGUUCAAGACGAAGCAUCCGUGAGACGAAAAGUGCGGAGACGAUUUGACGAUGAAGAUGUACGUAAAACCAAGCAAAUGCUUCAGGAAACCAAAGCUAACGUCACUUUUCAUUCUAAUUUGGACGGUUUAAGCAACUUUAUUGACACAAAUCCACAAGAAAGCUUUUUUCUUGUUAUUUCUGGCGUGGAAGAAUUAAAACACAUUGAAGAGUUUGAAACACAAUAUCAAACAUUGGAUGCUGUUAAAUGGUACACCAAAGACACAUUUGUUUAUAAAUUAAUUAAUCAAGCAUUGAGAACUGAAGAUAUUGAUGCAUUAUAUACAUUACGUUAUUAUAUCGAAGAUUUAUGUUCAAACUUAAAAAAUAAAUACGAAGAAUUCAGACAACUUCAUAUUUCCUUAGACAUGCCAGAUGUAAUGUUGUAUCGUGGACUACGAUUGGAUCGAAAUCAAAUACUGAAGUUAAAAAUGAAUGAAGGAAAUUUGAUAUCAACAAAUGGUUUUCUAUCGGCUAGUCGAUCUAUUGAUGUAGCCAAAGUAUACGCCGGCUGGGAUACAUGCUACCAGUCAACAACAGACACAACUGAACCAGUUCUCUUUAUUAUUAAUAUAAAUGUCAGUGAAAACAAAAUAAUUGUAGCCGAUAUUGCUGCUGAAAGUCAAAUGCCAGAUGAAUUAGAAGUAUUGUUUGAUUUAGGUAGUAUAUUUGAGAUUAAUUCUAUCACAGAAGAUUACGCUCAAAAACCAUCGAAAUGGACUAUAAUUAUGACAGCAUCAAACGAUGGGGAUAAAGUAUUAAACGAUUAUAUACUUUUUAAACUUGAAGAAAUGGAAGACUUUGAUAUUAAUAUUGUAUUCGGUGAACUUCUAUAUGAUAUGGGUGAAUACAAAAAAGAAGAGAAGUAUUUUGAGAAUCUUCUUUUAACAAAAGAUACACCUCAACGUCGUUAUAGUCUUGGUACGGUUUAUGUUCUUAAAGGUGAAUAUGCUAGAGCAUUGUAUUAUUUGCAAAGUGCACACAAUCAAUACCAUGAAAUAUUGUCGUCGAUGGUGUCUGCAUCUGGUAAUUUGUUUAACAUUGACGAGGUUCACAAUAUGUCAUCUGAAAUGGCUAGAACUUUAGUCAGUAUUGCUAAUAUUUAUUUCCACACAGAUAAUCCUGACGAAGCAUUGAUUAAUUAUACUAGCGCUUUAAAUGUAUAUAAAACGGUCAUACCUAAUAGUAAUAUUCCACAUAUAGAGAUUUGUUUACAAAAUAUUGGGCUUAUUUAUGAGAAACGAGAUUGUUAUAAUGAUGCUAUGAAGAAUUUCCAGGAAGCAGAUAAAAUUUAUUCAACAACAUUACCCGACAAUCAUCCAGAGAAAGCUGGUAUGCUACUGAACAUUGGCAACAUAUACAAACUACAAAAUAACGAUGAUUUAGCUAUUAAAUCAUAUACUGAUGCAUUAGAUAUGAUAAAAAAUAUCUAUCCCCCUAAUCAUCCAUUGAUAAUUGAAUAUAUGAAUAAUAUUGGCAUGGUUCAUAUGUCGAAUAAUCGAUAUGACGAUGCAUUAAAGUAUUUUUUUGAAUGUUUGGAGGAAAAAUAUCAAGAGGCUUUAAAUAUAGUUUCUUCAAAACCAAGUAAAUUUGAGGAUGAAGCUUCAGAAACAAUAUUGGGACAGAUUUAUCUCAAACUUGGACAAUUUGAACAAGCUGCAAUACAUUCAAGAAAUGCUCUUAAACUAUCAUCUAAUGAUUCAAAUACUGUAAGAUGUUACACUCAGCUUGGCCAUGCUUACAUAUUACAACACGAUAAAACGCAUGCACUAAUUUGUUAUGAAAAAUGCUUGAAAGUUUUGAGACGUGAUACCACAUAUGAAGAUGAAUUAGCCAAUGUUUUGAUCAAUAUUGGUGCCAUUUACCUAGGUCAGAACAAUUAUAAUGAAAGUUUGUCACAUUAUUCAGAAGCAUUGAAGUUUAAAAGAAAAACUGAUCCAGAAAAUCCUACUUUGAUUAGUGCUAUUAACAGGUGCAUAGCAAGAUCGUUUUUUAAGCAGGAUAAUUAUGAUAAAGCACUCGAACACUAUUUCCUAUCCUUAGAAAUACUCAAAAAUGCAGAAAACGAUAUUGAAAUUGCCAAAAUACACGAAGCCAUAACGAUUUCUACGAAGAUCUAG